GCAGAUGUGUGUGUGUGUGGCAAGAAGAAGGUUUUAAAGCGAGGAGGAAUAGCUGGGGAUCGCACGAACUACUCAAACUCUAAACACGAAAGAUGUCGUUCGCCAUCGACAAGCUCUACAAUGGCUACCUGCGAAAAAACAUGCCAAGGAUUGUGACCAAGGUCGAACCAAGAGAAAUUGUUGUCCAUCUUCCAUGUCUGACUGAUCAUGACAGAGAGGUUAUUGAGGCCAAAAGAGAGACCUGUGGCCGCUUUGAUGCCAUGGUGCGCCUGCUGGACUGUCUGAAGAGGCGGGAGAAUUGGCCAGAGCAGUUCAUUGCUGCGUUAGAGGCGUGUGAACAUCGGACAUUAGCAGCCGAGAUCAGGGCUGAAUACGACGCACUGAGAGGCAUUAACAAUUCCAACCCUCCUCCUACACCUCCAGCCGCUAAUGUAGUCACGGCACAUGUCCAUCCUGCGCCAUCUGCCCCACACCUGCCUCACCCCGGGCCCACAGCCAGUGCUCCGCCCCCUCAAGACGUCCCAUCUAAGGUGCCAGAGACCCAGCCCAUCCAGGAGACUGAAAAGCUUGAUCCUCAGAGCAGUGCAGCAUUGGCAGCAGCUCCUGUGAUGGAGGUGACUGCUCCAGAACCCCCACAGGCCCAGACAGAGCCAGUUGUGGUCCCUCCUGUGACCCCUCCUCCCUCUCCUGAUUCAAAGCGAGGUUCAGCCAAUCCCUCUCCCCCUCCCAAGCAAAUUAUCUCCCAUCAAGAACCAGAGGAAAACCUAGAACCAGAACCCCUCCCAGGUCAGGCUGUCCCAAAUGAAACGAUUAAUCUACAACAAGAGCCUGAGGAAAAUAUUGAGAUACCACAAGCUACUGACAUUCAGUUAGUGCCAUGUGAGGUUGACGAAUCUGCGCAGACGGAUACUAUGGUGGAACAGUCUACUCCUACCCAAACAACUGUGAAUGAAAAUACACCAAUCAUUAAUACUGUGAACAAGCCAAUUGUAGCUGAACCAGAACCAGUCACUGUUCUUAUGGAAGACACCACAGACGCUACAACUACAAAUGCUGUAGAAAAAACUGCAUUAACUACAACCAUCAUAGAGACUCCUAUAGUGCCCCCUGCUGCCGUGGAGGCAUCAUCAGGCCGAAGUGCGUCUCCGUUGACAAACCUAGAUGAUCUGAUCUUAACACCAGAAAAACAGCCAGUCCAAGAGACCAGACCAACUUUGGAAAAUAAACAGCCUGCGGUCCCAGCCCUGAAGAAGACAUCUGAACCUCAAAACGCACAGGUUGUCGUUCCCCAAGAGAUAGAAGUUCCUCCCAGGCCUCCUGCUGACCAGGUUAACAGUGGUGCUGCUGUAUCAGAAGAUGAGGAUAUCUUCUUCAGUAAACCUGGCUUACUCGUCAGUGUUGAACCUCCAGAUCAAAACAACACAACUAUACGCCCUCCCAGUCCUGAAUCUGAACCAUAUUCUGGAGACAGCGGUCGCAUAGAGAUGAGUAUAGAUGUGGCAAAUAAUCACAAUAAACCAGAUAAGGAAGUUUCUGAGUCUCCAGCCUCCAGUCUCGAAGAGGACGAUAUCCAAGAACAUGUUGGACAUGUGGCAGAAGAACCAUCCAUUUUGAACAAGGAAAACACUGAUAAACUAACUGAAGAAAUUAGUAAUGCUCCACCUGUAGCAGCCUCUACAAUGAUUUCUGACGUCUCAGCGAGCACUGAUCCUGGGGAGUCUACUGCCCUGAAUCUGAAUGACAGCGAAGAUCCCUCCAUAGAGAUGAGUGUACCAGCAUCUACUAUGAUUUCUGAGACCACUUCUUGUCUAAAUGGAGAGGAUAUUUCUGAAAGCCCUGCUCCAAGUCUGGACAUGGAAGACAUUCGAGAAAACAUCGGGUAUGUGGCAGAAGAUCCCUCUGUUUUAAAUCUAGUUCAGGCACCAUUACAUCAAAUUGGAGAUGGUGAAUCAGAUAGGGAAUUUGAGGCUGUCUCGUAUGGUGUAGGCCCUAUUGAAAAAGUGGAGCAAGAAGCUGAGAACACCAAUAUCCAAACGCCUCUUAUUCAAGGCAAUGGUGAAACAACCAAAGAGAUGGCACCUAUCCCACCUAAUUCGACCCCCUCCACUCAUGAUAAUCAUAAGCCAAAUGACCCCCCAGUUGACCCAAAACAGCCUGAUUCUGGAAAGACAACCCGUAGCCUAAACACCAGGUAUAUUAUAACGGCAGCAGGAGUGGGCGCCUGUGCACUGCUGAUAGCGUGGAGGUUUAAGAAUUAGCAGUCUACUUAAUACCUUUAAAGGAAGAGAAGAUUAGGCUGCAAAAGAGGAUCUGGAGGCUAUUGGUGCCUUAUUGUAGUCACUGGACUAGGCUCGUGUCAGGCAGCUGCUUAAUAAUUACCCAUGGGAAUUGCUGACUCUGCAGAUUUUGUGAUGAUGUUAUUAAGAUGGACUGAGGAAUGGACUAAGGGAGUAAUUAGUAGAACAACAAAGAGAAAUGUGUUUUAUCAUUAAAAAGGAUAAUUUUAUUUUUUAUUAUCUUCAGAAUAAUUGAUUAUUAUUUGAUUUUCAAAGUUUAAAUUCAAAGGUUUAUAAUAUUAAUAUUAGUUUUUUAUGGUCUUCAGCUGAUAAGCACUUUAUCCAACAUUUACUGUCUGGUUAUUUAUUCAUUUCAUUGAAUUGACCAACCAUGAAAACAUGUAUGACUACGGUAUAUAAUAUAUACAAAUGUUGUCGAUUUCAGAUGAAAUUUGUGGUACAAACUAAUCUUAAGUAUGUUUAACAAUGUCUUAAAAUAUUAUGCCAAAAAUGCACAUUUGAGGAAAGUCAAAUCAUUUAAGUCCUGGCAGGUGUUCCCAAAUAUUUAAUUGUGUGAGUUAUUAUUAAAUGCCUUCUCAAAUUUCGAAGGAACCGUGACAGUCUUUCAGAUGCUGUGGUUUCCUCAUAAAUUCCUUAAAAUUUAGGUUAUGUAUUAACUGAGAUGGUCACUUCCAAGUUGAACAAUGCAUCUGCACUUUGAUGAAAUUCCUUAUAGUGUUCUAAAAUUUAUAAAAUAUAAAAAAGACAAUCUCUUAGCUUAGUGACCUUGUACACUGUGUUUCUGUAUUUAUUUGUACAAAGAGAUUAUAUAUGUGUUUAAGAAAGUUGUAAAGCCUUUUCCUAUUUCAUUGUCUCAAAGAAUAUAGACUAAUCAGAGAAAUCAUUGAGAAAUAAAUUUUAAAAAAUAUUUUUGUAUCUGCUUGUUGUACGGGUAAAAUCUGUGGUAAUUAUGGCAAGCAUAUAAUUAUGUUUAUAACUUUGUAUCUUAGGCACAUACAACAGACCUGUUGACUACAAUAAUAGAUAAUGCAAGCGCUGUAAUCUCUAUUAAGUGAAGUCUUACUUGCUUUAUGCAUGUUUUAUCUCUGCAGUGACAAUCGAUUAAAUAAAGAUUCUCUAAAAAUUGUC